AUGGCCGCUAUCAUAGAGAACCUCAAACCACUGCAUCUGAAACCGGUGCGCAGCCCAGAAUCAGCGGUUGUCAAUAUGGAUCCAUAUGCACUACCACUUGAGGAUUCGAAAAUACAUCUUCUAUUAUGCGCUACCGGUUCGGUAGCCACAAUCAAAAUCCCAAACAUGGUGCAGGCAUUGUCGAGAUACACCAAUCUCUCGAUUCGUCUCAUCUUCACGGAAGCCGCCAAGAACUUCCUUCGUGGGCAGAGCGCAGAACAGCCGUCUAUAGAGGAAAUAAAAGCAUUGCCGAAUGUCGAUGCCGUGUAUUUCGAUGAAGAUGAGUGGAGCGAGCCAUGGGUGCGCGGCAACAAGAUUCUACACAUCGAAUUGCGACGCUGGGCCGAUAUCAUGGUCAUUGCACCUCUCAGUGCAGAUUCACUCGCGAAGAUCACACAGGGCUGGUCAGACAACUUGUUGUUGUCUGUUGUACGCGCUUGGGACACGACUGGGGAGUUGGACCCCAUACGCAAUCUUGGAGGCGUCAACGGACAUAUAGAUGAAACACGACGGAAGAAGAGGAUAUUAGUGGCUCCAUCGAUGAACACCGCUAUGUGGAAGCAGCCGAUCACAAAGAAGCAGGUCGAUAUAUUAGACGAGGAGUGGGGUGUGAAGAACGGGGGUUGGUUCGAGGUGCUUCUGCCCAUGGAGAAACAGCUCGCCUGUGGAGACGUAGGAGGAGGAGCUAUGAAGGACUGGAGGGAGAUUGUGGAGGUCAUUGAGGAUAGACUGAGGAUGAACGGAAGCUAA